UUACGGGAGCGAGGAAAGAUAGAAUCUUCCUUCUAGCUAUAGCUGUGGCUUCUAAAGAAACCAAUAUAUUAAAGUUAGAUUUGAUAUGAUUGAAGUAUUUUGUAAGAUGGAGAAGUUUGUGUCGAUAGUAUUUUUCGGUGUCUGUGCAGCGACGCCUUUAUGUUUAGUGGGGAGGGAGUACAUGGUUGAGAACUGCGUCAGAUAUAGGUGUAUCUUCGGACAAGCCGUACCAGAACCAUGCCCGCUGGGUCUAUUUCCUACUUAUAAAGGGGUAACAGGAUGUAGUUGGUCGAGAGAAUCGGAAUGUAGUACCAUUCCCGAGACAGGAAAAAUUAUUGAUCCCUGCAGUGGUAGCCCAUGUAAAAACGGGGGUAGAUGUCUCCCCUCCUCUAAUGGUCAGUCUUAUCUCUGCUCCUGUCCUCCUGGAUAUCAGGGACCAAGAUGUCAAAUCGAUGAAAACGAAUGCAUGAGCAGACCUUGUCUGAACGGCGGGAUUUGUUUGGAUGGUAGGAAUGGCUUCAAAUGCCAAUGUUCUCCAGGGCCUGGAGGCGUUCUCUACACAGGACGACAUUGUGAAACUGAAGUAGCCAAACUGGAAGAUGUUUGUACUCCCAAUCCCUGUCAUAACGAGGGUUACUGUUCUGGGACAGUAGGGAGCUCAUUUAUCUGUUACUGUCGACCAAAGUUCAGUGGACCCUUGUGUAACGAAACAAUGAGUAUAGGCAAUCCCUGCUCCAGCAGACCUUGUUUGAACUCUGGAAUCUGUAGCAGUGUGCAAACAACACAAUUCAAAUGUUUCUGCUUACCGGGCUACACAGGGAAACAGUGUGAUCAAACGCAAGAUCCCUGCUCUUUAAAGCCCUGUAUGAAUGGUGGCAUCUGUUUUCAAACCACUGAAGCUAAUGCGUUUAGAUGUGCGUGUCCGGAAAAUUUCACAGGCCGUCUGUGUGAAACAGCUAUGUUGAUGCAUCCGUGCAGGAACUCCCCGUGUAAGAAUGGCGGUUAUUGUACGGAGUUUGGCGCCACCUACCGGUGUUACUGUAGGUCCGGGUAUACGGGAUCGGACUGUACUCUCGUGACGUCAGCCAUCAUUUCAAGUCAGUGUGACAAAGGGAAGAGCUUGCUGCUAUCUCAUCCAUCUUAUUGUCAGCUCUACUAUAACUGCAGCGCGCCGUCUGGCAACAUUCCCGCCAGACCAGAGGAAAAGUUUUUAGACGAGUGUCCUUAUCCUCAACUUUUCUCCACCACAAGCGGAACAUGUGAACCCUUUUACAGGGUAGACUGUGGCAGGCGCCAAAUUCUGUUGGAUUUCUGUGACUAUUGGAAACAAAAAUGCCUGAGUGUUUGUAAGUCUUGCUCUAUUGACCACCCAACUUGUGUAGAUAUGGCGGACGGGAUCCACCGUAACCCCAUGAAACCAAACAGCCCAUAUUACAUGGCGUGCUACCAGAACAGAACUGUGUACGUCUCCCAGUGUCAGAAAGACAGGUUUGGGAAACAAAUGAUUUUCCAUGAAAACAAAUGUACAAGUGCUUUUGACAUUGCCAAAGCCGAGGGAGGGCGAAGACCAGAAUGUACGGGUAGUGAUACUGGAAUAUAUUCUGACCCGGGGGGAGACUGUCGGUUAUAUUACAUGUGUCAGGGAGGGCUGGCCAGGGUAAUGCAGUGUUCUGACGGGACGAUAUUCCACUACCAGCCUGGUAAACCCCUGUGCCAGGAUCCAAAAGACGUAUGUCAACCAUGUGGAACAAAAGCAUGGUGUGAAAAUCCUAAAAGUAUGGGGGAGGGGGAGGUCAUGAAGAACAGUUAA